CUUACCGUAGAAAAAGUGACUGCACUGUGGGCGGGUCGAAACCACACAUUAGACACAUAUAUAAACCAGUAGACGCUUUGUUUCUGCCUAUUGAUCCUGAGUGGCAACAGUGGGAAAUAUGGCAGAGGCAGACCGACCAGGAAAGCUGUUCAUUGGCGGCCUGAACACUGAAACUAGUGAGAAGGUCCUUCAAGCAUAUUUCAGCAAGUUUGGCCGAAUAGCUGAAGUUCUGUUGAUGAAGGAUCGCGAAACGAACAAAUCUAGAGGUUUCGCGUUUGUGACGUAUGAAAAUCCUGGUGAUGCUAAAGAUGCUGCGAGGGAAAUGAAUGGAAAGCCCCUUGACGGGAAACCUAUUAAAGUGGAACAGGCCACCAAACCUCAGUUUGAGUCUUCAGGACGCCGUGGUCCACCACCAGUUUAUACACGGAGUCGUGGCCCUGCCAGAGGUCCACGAGGGUCCAGAGGAGCACCAAGUGGAAUGCGGGGACCACCAAGCAGAGAACCUUUUUUUAAAGGCAUGUCUUCAAGAGGGCCGCCACUGAAGAGAGGCCCCCCAGUGCGGAACGGAGGACCCCCACCCAAGAGAUCUGCACCCUCUGGUCCAAUGGGCAGGCUGCCGGUAUCCAGAGACCGGGACCCUUAUGGCCCCCCUCGUAGAGAUUCUCUGAUGUCCCGGCGGGAUGAUGGUCCUCCACCUCGUGACGACCACUACAGUAGUAAAGACAGUUAUUCCAGCCGUGACUACAUGAGUUCAAGGGACAGUCGAGACUACGCUCCGGCACCACGUGAUUACCCAUACCGGGAAUAUUCAAGCCAUUCCAGUUCUAGAGAUGACUAUGGCUCAGGAUCCAGAGGUUACAGUGAUCGCGACGGCUAUGGUGGAGGACGAGAGCCCCGGGGUUACAUGGAACGGCCCAGUACAGGCUCCUAUAGAGACCCUUACGACGGUUACGGUAACUCACGAAGCGCCCCACCCUCAAGGGGUCCCCCUCCGUCCUACAGUGGGAGUGGCGGAAGCAGUCGUUAUGACGACUAUGGCAGCAGUUCCCGGGAUGGAUAUGGCAGUCGUGACAGUUAUCCCAGCAGUCGGAGUGACCCGUACUCCACUAAUCGUGGUGACAGACCGGGUAGGCAGGAGCGGGGACCGCCCCCUCUUGAAAGAGGCUAUCCUCGUGAAUACAGCAGCUCGAGCCGUGGGGCACCUCGGGGUGGUGGCCGUGGCGGCGGUCGGGCAGAUAGAGGAAUGGCCCGCAGCCGAUACUGAGAAAAGGGGGCGGGGGGGAGAAAUUGUGGCUCCUCAUUGAGACUUUCAAAAGACUUAAGAUUCAAAGGAGCGCCCUUUUAAACUCUGGACUUCAAGCUUCAGUUUAAAGCUGUACAGUUGUGGAGGUUUUGUCCUUUUUUUUAAAUGCAAAGUUUAUUUUCCCUUGCCCACAUCCCAUUUAAUGGUACUGUUGCAAAUCUGUGUUCUUUUUGUAUACUAGUGAUCUGUUAAACCUGCAAUUCCCUAGCGUAUGGCUUUCAUUUACCAAUAAAAUGUUUUUAAUCAAAGACCUUGAGCAACACUUUCAAAGAGAAUGAGAAACUAUGAAGUGUAAAUAUCUAUUCACCUCUUCAGUUUUCCAUGGUGAGCACCCCCAAUUGCCGCUUAACAUAGAUGCAAUGCAGAAUAUUCAUGUAGGCAUGAUUGUUCACAUUGUUGAGGAAUGGACAAAUGUCACCUUUUUCCAAACUCUCUGGGUGUAGUUUUCCUCAGUGCAAAUGGAUCCUUCAUCACAAAGCCUAAACAUUGACGUCUUGCAUCGACCAAUCCAAAGACAACCAAAAUGCAAGAAACAAUUCAGCACCACAGAUAUAACCUGCCAACAGCUGGUAAGCAAAGCAAACCCUUUUGUUCUGGUAUAAGUCAAGUCUCUGUGGUGUUAUUUUUGCAGCCUGAAGGUUAGUGUAAUUUAGUCAAACAUCGUCUUGAUUGCCCUGGCUUUUUCAAAUGCAAUCUGAAACGCUGUUUCCAACAUUAACAAAACCUCAUCUCUGCCUUCAAAGGAGUCUGAUCCCUCCCCAACCACUGGAUCACUGAGUUUAGGAGGUCUUAGUCUCAGAAAAGUCAGUCAAUUCUGUUGCACUAAAGGAGAAUGUCUGGAUUAUUUUUUUUUUUGCCCCUUUCAAAUGAGAAAUGGCCUGCCUUUUCUUUUUUUCUAAAGGAUAUUAAGAUGAAUCUUCUCAAUGGAUCUAUCCCUACAGUCAAAUAUAAAGCACAUAGCUGCAAAACCUCUUGAAACUUCCCAGUGGAACCCUUUUGAAAUAGUAAAUUCACGUAGUGUUAAAGCCAGAACCGCUUGCAAGCAUGCCAAUUCUAACAAAGGAGACCGCACGGAGAAAGACGGCACUAUCAA